CUUCCAAUCACACCAUGGCGGCUGUGCAAACUCCAUGCGUACACAGACACUGGCAAAAUACAACGUUAGAGACGGUUGCGAAGGGAAAGUAUUAUAUCACAGGUAGCAUAUAAUAUAUUGUAUGAAUGUAAAGAUAGGAUGAAGAAAGUAGUGUUGGUAACCGGUGCGAACAGUGGUAUUGGCCUUGCCCUGUGUGAGCGUCUACUAAGCCAGGAUGCCCAGGUGCAGCUCUGUCUGGCCUGCAGGAACAUGCAGAAAGCUGAGGCUGCCCGGCAGGUUCUUCUAGUGUCUCACCCUCAAGCUCAAGUUUCUCUGCUGCACUUAGAUGUGGGCAACAUGCACUCAGUGGUCAGGGCUGCUGAGGAGUUCAAGAAAAAGUACAACAGAUUGGACUAUCUGUAUCUCAAUGCUGGAAUCAUGCCUAAUCCCAGGGUAGAUCACAAAGCCUUUUAUAAAGGCCUGUUUUCUAGAAAUGUGGUUCACAUGUUUGCCACAGCGGAGGGUAUUCUGACCCAGGAAGAUAAGGUCACACCCAUUGGUUUGCAGGAGGUGUUUGCCACUAAUCUUUUUGGUCAUUUCCUUCUGGUGAGGGAACUGGAGCCUUUAUUGUGCCAGGCGGACCACAAUUCUCUAGUGAUCUGGACAUCCUCCAGUAAUGCCCAGCGAACGGCCUUUAGUCUAGAUGACAUUCAGCAUCAGAAAGGCCAUGAGCCCUACAGCUCCUCGAAAUAUGCGUCUGAUCUACUUAGCUUUGCCUUAAACCGCCACUACAAUAGCCGGGGUUUGUACUCAUCAGUGAUCUGUCCUGGUCUGGUCAUGACUAACCUCACCUAUGGCAUUCUACCAUCAUUCUUCUGGACCCUCAUCAUGCCAAUAAUGUGGCUUAUACGAAUAUUCACCAACACCUUUACCCUCUCACCUUACAAUGGAGCGGAGGCUUUGUUUUGGCUGUUCAUGCAGAAACCUGAGUCACUGGACCCGAUGGCCAAAUACCACAGUUUGACCUCUGGGCUUGGAAACAAUUACACCCAGCCACGCAAGAUGGAUAUUGAUGAAAAUAUUUCAGAGGCCCUCUAUGUGAAGUUAUUGGAACUUGAGGAUACAGUGCGAAAGAAACUGAGAGACGAGGAUCUAGAUAUCAAGGCAAAAAUCUAAAUGUAAUAUAUGGAGACAAAACCCUCAUGCAUUCUAUCCCCACAAGAACAACAAAAAAAAACCCCUCUAAGGAAUGGAUAAACACUUCCUGAAUAUUUGUUUUUCAUGAAGAUCAAAACACUUUAUAUGAAAUGAUUGUGGUAGUCUAGCAUUGUUAUAAACUAUCAUAUUCUUAUUAUUUUUAACUUGUAUUUACAAACAAGUGCUUACGUUAAGGUGUUUGGCACAUGCUUUUAUCCAAAGUGACAUUCAAGGUACACGUUUUAUCAGUUAUUGCUUUCCCUGGGAAUCAAACCCAUUACCUUGGGUUUGCUAGCACCAUGCUCUACUGUUUGAGCUACUUGUUAUUAAUUAUGAAUGACUUAUUAUUACUAAUAGUUAUUGUGCUGUUUACAUUAGUUUUGUUGCAGUGUAUUCCAAGGUGAAUGGUUUUUACCAUUGUAACUACUGUGAACAGUCAGCAGUCUCUGACUCUUGAAAUGGGACCACAAAUCUGACAUUUUUUUGUCUAUUCCAUUUUUAUUUUGUCACCCAAAGGGCCUUCUUCCAAAAUGCUUGAUUAAUAAUAAUAAUAAAAAUAAUAUAUAUAUAUAUAUA